UCUCAACUUAACCUCAACUAUGCUCCGGCCAAAAACUACUCCCGCAUUUAGUAACUUAAAGUACCGUCCUAAAACAUUUAACAAUCCUAAAGAUUCCCAGUCAGCAAAAUUCAAACUCAGACUCCCUUGCGUCCAUCCAGCCCCACAACGCAUGACCAGCACGGGUAGUUCCCAUCUCCAAUUUUCGACAACCUCACUCAACCCACCAAUCAAGUAUCAUUGGAUAGACGAGGUAGAGCGUCUAGAGUUAUACGAACCAGGCGGAUACCACCCUGUCAUAAUCAACGAUCUCCUACACAACCGCUAUCGAAUCGUGGAUAAACUGGGGUUUGGCGGCUAUUCCACCAUCUGGCUUGCGCGCGACGAGAGGGUUGGGCGCUAUGUAGCGGUCAAGAUUGGGGUUGCAAGUUCGUCUGUUUCUUGUAAAGAAGUAGACGUCUUAAAGGCGCUGCGUGGCUCGAGGGAAGGCUCACGAGCGGCUGUCGAUGGGAACGCGUUGCCGAGUGUGCUGGAUGCUUUUGAUGUCUGCGGUUCAAAUGGAACCCACACAUGCUAUACACUGACUCCCGCCCAAGGGAAUCUUAAGGAAGCAUCAUUCAGUCGUCUAUUUCCUAUCCGAGUCGCCCGCGCGCUGGCUGCGAAACUGGUAACUGCGGUUGCGUUUGUGCACUCGCGGGGUUUCGUGCAUGGAGACAUCCAUCUCCGCAACGUAUUAAUCAACCUCCCAUCAACACUCGACGCCCUCUCCGUCCCUGAAUUCAGGCAGAAAUUCGGCGCGCCUGAAAUGGUGCCCGUGACUCGGGUUGACAGGAAGACCCUCCCUCCCAACGUCCCGGCGCAGGCUGUACUACCUCUCUACCUCGGGAAAAAAGCCCAAGACUUCACUUUAUCUGACGCGCAGAACCUGCUCCUCAGCGACUUCGGCGAGGCGUUCGCUCCUGCUACGGAGCACCGGCUUGGUAGGGACUGCCAUAUUCCUCUGGCUGUGAGGGCGCCCGAGGCGCUUUUCGAACCUGAUGGGCGCUUGUCGUAUGCAUCGGAUGUGUGGAGUCUGGGCAUUGCGGUUUGGGAGAUACUAGGCAUGAAGGCGCUCUUCGGCGAGGGCGAGACAAGGGACGCGAUCGUGGCGCAAUGUAUUGAUGUCCUGGGUUCUGAGGAUUUUCCGGAGAAAUGGAGGGAAGUGUGGGAACGAUCAGGCGGGGAAGAGAAGUACGCGGAUGGCGAUGCGAUGCCUCGACGGCAUAGUAGGGAGCGGGAAACGUGGCCGUGUCUUGAUACCGCGUUUGAGCAGUUCGUGAAUAAGUACAGGAGGAAGAGGGAGGCUGGGACUUUUGAAGAGGAGGAGACGCGUACUAUUCUGCAGUUGGUGCGUGGGAUGCUUAGGUUCAGGCCUGAGGAGAGGAUGACGGUGGAUGAGGUGCUGGGGUCGGAGUGGAUGGUUAAGUGGGCGUUGCCGGAGCUGGAAUAGUGUGGGUGCAGGCGGUUUGAGUAAGGCUAGACGGUUUGCUGUGUUGAUGUGUUGCUUGGAUUGGGGAUGGGGAUUUUGAUAUGAAGGGGGUGGAUGGUUUUGCCUUUGUCUUGUAUUGGACGCCAGACGCGGUACGGACGCGCUGAUACAUACUUCGAUGGAAGUAGUGUUCUUUGAUCUUCGAUCUUGUGCGUUAUGUCGAGCGGGCUCUAUGCUAUUCGGUGAUAUUCAAACCCUUGUAUUCAGCAUCACUCCACCUGGUCAACUUCCGAGGAUGCAACAACAUACAAGCUCUCUGCUUUACC